AAUGUUUUCUGUGAUAUCUUUUCUGGCGAUGUUUAAUAAACGGAGUGGACAUCUGAAUAAGAUCAAAGAAUGUAAUACAGAAGGAGAUACAAACAAAGUGAUUGUGCAUAAUGAAAUAGCUCUCAAGACGGAACAAAGCUGCCGAAAUGAAAAUGAAGUAGAUGUGAACAUAACAAAUCUAUUUGAUCAGUGCAGUCAGAAGUCCAAAAAUACAUCACUUAAAUUUGAUUAUCAUGACUCCAACGAUAGUUUUGCACGGAAAUGUAAAGUCAGUCUGGAAAAAGAAAAUAGAGAUAAUUCGAAGAAAAAAGAGAAGGCGUUUGAAGAAAUUAGUUUCAGGAUGAGACAUACAGAGUUGAGAGAUGAGAUUUCAAGUUUAUAUUGUGUAUUGGAUCUAAAGAAUCAACAGAUUAGGAGUCUGCAGAACAGAUUAGAAGAAGAGAAGGAAACUAAAGAACUAUUGAACCGAGUACAGAAGGAAUUGUCUGUUUGUAAAGGAGAAGUGGAGAAUCUUAAAGAACAGCUGACAAACAAAUCUGCUGAUAUUAGGGAACUCAGUUCUAGAAAUGCGCUUCUUCAAAAAAGUCUAAAUAGAGAGCGAAAAAACUGUGAGCUUUUGAGACAAACCUUAGAUGAAAAGAUGUGGAGGAAAAAUUUUGCCUGGGUGCAGGAGGAAUUGUAGAGUUAUAGUUAACUUAAUAAUACAAUCUUUAGUUUUUUA